UAUAGCUUUAUUAAGCUAGAUAGCUUGAUAAAGCUACUACAAAUAGCUUAACUAAGCUAUUUUCAGAGUAAAAAAAACUAAAAAAAUUGGUAAAAAUAAAAUCCAAAAAAUCGCAUCAUGAGUUGUUGUCAGUGUUUACAUGAGCAUGUGAGAAAUACUCACAAACAAAAACCAAGGUAUAAAAGCACGUCUCACGAGGAGAACUUUCAUUAGAAAUUGCUGAUUUCAUGGUAAUAAAAGAAUUUUGGUAAAGAAAACUAUAAAGACGAAGAUUGGAAAAUGGAUGAGAGAAAAAAUCGUGGAAAAAAUGUAAAAGGCCAAAAAAAAAGAGGAAAGCCUAGAAGAGGAGGAAUUUUAAGUGAAUUUAUAGAGGAGGACCAACGCAGAAACGACUGCAUUUACAAGAGGAAGAAUACGAUAAUCAAAAAAGCAAAAGAAUUGCAAGACAUGACAAAGUGUGAUGUAUUAGUAAUAAUAAGAAGUCCAUCAGGAAAUACCGCUACUUUUGCCUCGUCAUGUUUUGAAGAGACUUUAUCUACCGUGAUGCAAGGUAGCAGUUUGAACGGUAAAUCUAACACCUCUCAAGACCCCCCUUCGACUAAUGUUUCCGAACCUCUAUCUACAGACUUUUCUGCUAUCAUAACCUCCCCACCAUCUCCUAAUACUACUUCAAUUUCUUCUGCACCGUCCCCUUCUGUUAACUCCCUUCCAAAGCCUUCUUUCCCAUCUCCCAAACAAUCUAAGUUUUUCUAUUCUAAAAAUACCGUUCAAGCUCAGAUUCAUUCGGAAAACACAACUAUCUUUGAUUCUCCUGUCCGGGCCCCCACCAGAGAAACAUUAGUGAGUAGGAAAAGGAAGCUGCCUGAGAAAUCUUCCCAGACGGAGCCAAUCAAAACCAGAGUAGCUGAAACAUGUAACAUUUGCCUAUCUGAUAUUGAACGGGGACAUUGGGUGGGGUGCAACAAAGCAAGGUGUGGGUAUUGGGUACAUGAUAGAUGUACCGGUUUCUUUUUCUCCUCUGCUUCUGUAAUUAAGAAAACUAAAUUCCUGUGCCCCUUCCAUCGUUAGCAGAAAUAUUAUUGUAUUAUGGUUAAUGUGUGUGUUAUUAUAGUUACUGUUAAAAUGUUAUGCCAUUAUUUAAAUUAAAGAUAUUAUAACUGA